AUGCGCGAGAGGUAUCGCAAAACAUCACCAUAUCGCUACGGAACAAGGAGGGAGAAGGAGAAGAAGAAGAAGAAGAAGAAGAAGAAGAAGAAGAAGAAGAAGAAGAAGAAGAAGAAGAAGAAGAAGAAGAAGAAGAAGAAGAACAUAGCCCCCAAAAAAUCGGGGAACAGCCACCCACACCUGCCACGCUUCUCGUAUUGA